AUGUUUCAUAGGAUUCGAUCACUUCAACCACCUCGUCUUACCCGUUCUAUUGUCAUUAAUGCAGAAUUAUCUGCAAAACUAGCACAGUCCGAGCACCAUCCAGUGGUAAUUAUUGGAGGUGGCCAUGCUGGAUGUGAAGCUGCCACAGGUUCUGCCAGGAGUGGUGCCAAAACAACCCUCAUCACACCUGAUAUCUCAAAAAUAGGAACCGCAUCGUGCAACCCUUCCAUGGGAGGAGUUGGCAAAGGCACUCUCCUCAGAGAGGUAGAUGCCUUGGAUGGUGUCAGUCCUCGGAUAACCGACAAAGCGGGUAUCCACUUCAAGAUAUUGAAUGCUUCCAAAGGUCCAGCAGUUCACGGUCCUCGAGCCCAAAUCGACAGAGCCAUUUAUCUCCGAGAAAUGCAAAAUGAGAUCUUGAAUUAUCCAAACUUGAAAGUCCUUGAGGCUCAAGUCAAAGAUGUGAUAAUUCAGCCAAAGACUGAAGAGGAUCCAAGUGGGAGAAAUUAUGGUUUUGUUAAAGGUAUAAUUCUUGAAGAUGGUAGAGUAUUGAACUGUUCUCGAGUGGUUGUCACCACUGGUACUUUCUUAGGUGGGGAGAUUCAUAUAGGGUUAAAGAGUUUUCCGUCCGGAAGAAUUGGAGAGGAAGCCACUUUUGGUUUGUCUAAAACAUUCAGGGAAGCUGGAUUUAGACUAGGAAGACUCAAGACCGGUACGCCAGCAAGAUUGUCUUCCAAAUCCAUUGACUAUACAAACUUGACCCCUCAGCCAUCAGACUAUCCCCCACAACCCAUGUCGUAUAUGAAUGAUCUGGUUGAUUUGCAAGAGCAAUUAGUUCAAUGCCAUAUGACCAGAACUACCCCGGAGUUUCACAAGCUAAUAGCCGACAAUUUGGAUAAAUCUAUUCAUAUUAGGGAAACAGUUAAAGGGCCAAGAUAUUGUCCAUCAAUUGAAUCAAAAAUCAUCAAGUUUCCUCAAAAGACUUCGCAUUUGGUGUGGUUGGAACCAGAAGGUUUGGAUACUGAUUUGGUAUAUCCUAACGGAAUUUCAUGUACCAUGCCUGAAGAAAUUCAGGAGCAGGUGGUCAAGUUAAUGCCGGGAUGUGAAAAUGUGAAAAUGGUGCAACCAGGUUAUGGGGUUGAGUAUGACUACAUCGAUCCAAGAGAACUUAAGAUGACAUUGGAAACAAAGUUAGUAGAUGGGAUAUAUUUGGCUGGCCAAAUCAACGGAACCACUGGUUAUGAAGAGGCAGCCUCUCAGGGGUGUUUAGCAGGUAUCAAUGCUGGAUUAGCUGAAAUGAACAAAGAACCAUUAUUGAUCCAAAGAUCAGAUGGUUACUUGGGAGUUUUGGUAGAUGAUUUAAUCACAAAAGGUGUGGAGGAACCUUAUAGGAUGUUCACCUCUAGAUCUGAAUUCAGGAUAUCCAUCAGAUCUGAUAAUGCAGACAUGAGACUUACGGAGAAGGGUUUUAGAGCUGGUGUAGUCAGCGAAGAAAGAUAUAAUCAUUUCAAAAGUGAGAUGAAACAAUUUAACUCCAUCAGGGACCACUUGAAGAAUUUGUCAUUAUCAGGUGCUAAAUGGUCUCCUGUAUUGAGAGGAUUGGUACUGGACGUUAAUGCGAAGACUGUCGUUGAUGGUUGGAAGUUACUCUCUUACAAAGGUAUUCUGAUUAAUGACUUUUUACCUCAUAUGAGUAAAUUUGUUGAUGGUUCGAUUCCCGAGUAUUAUCAAAAUGUUAAUCAUAGAUUGGCGAAUAGAAUUGAUGUUGAAAGCACCUAUGAUCCAUGGUUAAAAAAGGAAGAAGCUCAUUUAAGAGCCUACGAGGCUGAUGAGAACUUGCUUUUACCUCAAAACUACAGGUACAACAACGAAGGAAAUGUCAAACUUUCUUACGAAGUUUGCCAUUUGUUAAAUACUAUUCAACCGAAAACCAUUGGUCAAGCAAGAAGAAUCCAAGGUGUGACUCCAGCAGCUAUAUUUGAGCUUUUCAAAUUAAUCAAAGGUGAGAGGGGUGAGAUCAUUGGAUCCCACCAGUCAUGA